AACAACGUCCCAGCGGCUAAUUCGAAAGCCACGUGACCCAACCCAAAAAGUGAGUAACGUGGCCCUCUUAAUAUCCAGUCUUUGUCUUCACCCCCUCCCCUAUAUAACCCAACCCACCAACUCUACAACCACCAUCAACAACCACAACCUUAAUUAACAUUAAUAAUCCCACGACCUUCUCUCAAUCAUCCAUUGCAAUGGCAGCUACUUCAGUCUUCAUGGCUACCCCAGUUGCACGUCUCACCACCACCCCUUCUUCAUCUACAAGAAACGUCAACUUUGCUGUCGUCAGGUGCAUGUCACAAGAUCAACAACCUUCAACCGACGCUUCCAAAACUCCAGCAGCACCAACUCCGCCGCCAAUGAACACUCCACCACCGGCGCCCAAGGUCAGCACCAAGUUUUCCGACGUGUUGGCGUUCGGUGGGCCUGCACCGGAGAGGAUAAACGGAAGGUUAGCGAUGAUAGGGUUUGUGUCAGCGAUGGCGGUAGAGUUGAGCAACGGUCAGGAUGUGUUCGCUCAGAUCUCUCACGGUGGUGUACCGGCCUUUGUAGCGACGAGUUUGGUGUUGUCGGUGGCGUCGUUGGUGCCGUUGUUUAAAGGGGUGAGGGCAGAGUCGAAGUCGAGUGGGUUGAUGACGUCGGAUGCAGAGCUGUGGAACGGUCGGGCUGCGAUGUUGGGUUUGGUUGCUUUGGCUUUCACCGAGUAUGUGACUGGAAGUCCGCUUGUUUGAUUAAUUUUUGUGUAGGAAAAAGGAUGUAUAAACACAAAGAAAUUAUUUUCAGAUUGUGAAUUUAGAUAAUUUUGUCAAGAAAUGUUAGUAGACAUGUACUUUGAAAGAUAUCUAUGAAAGUAUAUGAAUUGUUGCAA